AUGUCUUUCUCACAUUCAUUCAUCUUCAUCGUCAUCUUUUGUAUGCAGUCUCUAGCUGCUUUGCUGCAAAAUGGCUUUAUGGCCACCGUGCUGGGCAGGGAAUGGGUACGAAGCCAGGGCCUCCCUGCAGGUGACAUGAUUAUGGCUUGCUUAGCUGCCUCCAGGUUCUGUCUGCAUGGAAUAGCCGUCCUAAACAACUUUCUGGCCUCUGCUAUGUUUUGGACCAUAAAGAAUUAUUUUUCUAUCCUCUGGGACUUCACCAACACUGUCAAUUUCUGGUUUACCACCUGGCUUGCUAUCUUCUACUGUGUAAAGAUCUCUUCGUUUUCCCACCCCAUCUUCUUCUGGAUAAAAUGGAGAAUUUCUCGGUCAGUGCCCAGGUUACUGCUGGGAUCCCUGAUCAUUGGUGGACUGUCAGCCAUCUCCUCAGCCACUGGAAACACAAUUGCCCUUCAGAUGGCGGCCUGUGAAAACUACACAAUUUAUUAUAAAAUGAUGGCAUUCUAUCUGUAUUAUUUUCGCUGUCAUGCGAUGCUGAUGUGGGUCAUUCCAUUCUUCCUGUUUCUGCUGUCCAUCAUCUUGCUCAUGUUCUCACUGUAUCGGCAUCUGGAACAGAUGAGGUACCACAGACCCAGGACUCAUGAUUACAGCACCCAGGCUCACAUUAUGGCUCUGAAGUCCCUUGCCUUCUUCCUCAUCUUCUAUACAUCAUAUACCCUGCUCCUUACGGUAUCUGUUGCACAUGUCAUAAAUGUCCACGGUUCCUGGCACUGGGCCUGGGAAGUGGUAACCUACAUGGGCAUCUCACUGCAUUCCACCAUUCUGAUACUAAGCAACACCAAGAUGAGAAAGGCCCUCAAGAUAAAGUUCCCAGACCUUUGUAUUCCCAGAUCAUAA